GGACGAUGCGUAGCCACGAUAUGCAACACCCAUCGUGGACGGUGGACGUAUGGUGCCUCGUGGCUGAGGCGUGCUUUGUCUCUAGCCUGAUCGUAAUCUCGAGUGGCAGAUACACAAAGCCGUAAAGUUAGAUUGCACCUUCAACACGAUUGUUCUCAUUAUGUCCGCUUUGUCUUGUCACUGCUCGCUGGGUUAUCGUGAUGAUCUGCUGUGUAUGCAAAGGGCGAGGCAUGCUGCAGGUCGGACUGCGGCAUCCGCGUUGAUUUUUGUCUGGCACCGUCCGUUUCCAACGCUCUCCGGUAGAGCGUAGCAUGCAGCGUGUCUCGAGCUUCUGGACUUUUACUUGAGUACCGAGCAGCUUUUCGCAGUCGAAAUGCUGACGAAGAAGGGGAACAAACGGAAAGCGCAGGACGCUGUAGUUGGAAAGCGAAGCAAGCGGAAGACGAACAUUCGGAAAGAAACAAGAACAGGCACUCAGAAGCCGGAGCAGAAGGUUGAAGAGCAGACAAGAGGCACUGAGCGGAAAGUGCCUGAAACGGAAGAACAGAGCAAAUCCACUAAUAGAGAAGCGCAGCAGGUCAAACAAGCAUCACCUACGCAGUCUGGUGAGCCCCUCCGUAUCUCGCCGGUUGACGGCUUCAACAAGCCAUUCGAACAGCGUGAUGGCGAGAUCAGAGUGCAAGGCUAUCUCAAGGAUUCGAAAGGAGUCGUAUGGAAGGUGUGGAAGGUCAGAGUCGAGUUCCGGCCCGUACGAUGGAGAGCAAGAGAUGUCGCAGACCACCCAGAGCAGGACGACGGGCUGCCGGUAAGUCCACAAACGCGUCCUUCUCCGGAACAGAUGAGCGUAGCCGAGCUAGAGCGGUACCAAGAUUGGCAAGCCAAACAAGACGGGCUGAUCUGGAUUGGCUUGACCCCGACACGAUGCCGGCGUUCUACAAGGGUCUGA